GAAAGACUACUUUGAUCCAGAAAGUCACACAAGCUCUAAAAUCCUCGGGCAUUCCCACUGACGGAUUUUACACAGAGGAAGUUAGAGAAGGUGGCAGGAGAACAGGAUUUGAUGUUGUCACUUUGUCUGGAAAACGAGGACCUUUAUCUAGAGUAAGUUCUGAUCCUUCUACUUCAAGACGUGAGUACCGGGUCGGACAGUAUGUUGUAGACCUUGUUUCAUUUGAGCAGUUGGUUCUACCUAUGCUGAGAAAUGUAAACCAUGGCGGUGAUGCCGAGAAGAAUAUCUGUGUCAUAGAUGAGAUUGGUAAAAUGGAACUCUUCAGCCAGGCUUUUAUUCAAGCUGUUCGUCAAACACUGACUGCCUCAGGGACCGUCGUGCUUGGAACUAUUCCAAUACCUAAGGGAAAGCCGCUGGAUCUUGUUGAAGAAAUAAGAAGUAGGAAAGAUGUUAAAGUGUUCAACGUUAGUAAGGAAAACAGAAACAGCAUUUUGCAAGACAUCUUGGCAGCUGUGGAAUCCUGCAGAAAAUGAAGACCUUUUCUUGCCUGUAAACAUGGGAGCUUUUAUUUUAACAAAACGUUACAACAUUUUGCGGAUGUUUUAGAGUCUGUCCUUCCU